GUAUCCGUAGGUGUGCCGAGUUACGUCGUCCGGAUAUGGGCAGGAGUUCCUCCCUCUGCUGCUCCAGCCUGCUAAGCUUCACACACACACACACGCACACACACACUCUCAACCCACAACUCGUGUAUUUUUCACAGAUGUCUUUGAGUGAGAAAAGUGAUGAGGAGAUCAGCAAGCUGCUCGCUGAGUAUGGCAUCAAACAUGGACCCAUAGUCGACUCCACUCGAAAGCUGUAUGAGAGGAAGCUUGAAGUGGCCAUGGAGAACGCUCCGGUGGAACCCUCGUCUGAUAAGACCUACUACAGGGAGGAAGCGGAGGAAAUAACCUACAUCACAUACAGUCCGGUUAGACAAGAGUCAGACCUGCUGAAACGAAGAGGCAACAUUGAGCCAGAUGAGGACGAGGAAUCGGACCAAGAAACAGAGGCCCCUGUCCAGAUCGCCAACAGAACAGCCAAUCACAGCGCAGUACGAUCCAGGGAACUGGACAGACAAUCCGGAGGCAGCGUGUGGAAGGUGAUCCGGCUGCUGCUGCUGUUAGCUGUGUUAGCAGCUGCCCUCUACUACGCCUACUGCCGUGUGCUGAAGAACGAAGAGGAUCCCUUUAACAUUCAAUGAUCUGAUUGGUUGUGAGGAUGUCCGGGUUUCUUCUCCAUCAGCAGAGAGAACACACAGUUUGACCACAUUCCAUCAACUUGUAAAUGCUCUCUAUUUCUUAGUGUCACCAUGUCAGGGAAGUGAACCAAAGCCUGAUACAUCAUGUUCCUCUGUGUCGUCAGUGUUGCACCAAUUAUGUUGGGGGGGGGCAGCCGGCCCUGUCUAUUGGACCAAUGGGGAAUUUUAGAUUUAAUUAAUUUGCUUUAAAUAAUGUCCAUUCAUCUUGUGUAGUUCAGGUUUUGCGUCUCUGAAUGUUUAGCUGUUAUGAGAUUCUUUCUUUGCAUAGUUUGUCUUUCAAAGGCCGUGCAUUGUUCGCUUCAGUUUUAGCAUUCGAAGUUGCAGCAAGAUGCACUUCCAAGAACCGCACAGUAUCUGACAAAUAAACAAAGCAGCCAAACUAUCUAGAGCUUCUUUGUUGUCCAAAAGCUGUUCAAAACAUGUCAGUGAGCCACACCUUUGCACGGGGUGACAUGUUCAUCUGUUACCAUAAACACACAAAACGUCGUUUUUUACUAGAGCACCGAAUGUUACAGCUGAAAGAAGUCCCUCAUAAAUGCAUUAUUUCCUCCUGUUUAAGUAUAAAUGGUAUACAUUUUUGAGCCAGUAAAGAUUUCCAUCUCCAGUAGGAACUAUGGGCUUGUUGAGAGUUUUGGGUUAUUUCAUGGGGUUUAUUGGCAAUAAGAGAAAUAAAGAAUACUGCUCUCUCCUUUCA